AUGGCCAGCCGAGGAAACGUCCCUGCACAUCUGCAGCCCUCGUUGCCCGCUCUGCCCGCACAUCUGCAAUCAGAUACUCACCUGACAGCUCAUCUUGCGAGCCGUUUUCACAUCUCCUUACCGACAGCAAAACUGUCGUCGCAGGGUCUGAUAUGUCUCAAUACCUUCACCUCUUCGACCCGAGGACCGAAUGGAGACAAAGAGGGGAGUGCUAUGGGUGAGGCGGAGGAUCUGGCUCGCAGGGCAUGGGCAAGGUUGGGCAACAGAGCAGAAGACCAAGCCAUUAUAUUUUUCGGAGAAUCUGGGUCAGGGAAGACGACGGUCAGGUCGCACCUUCUUUCCUCCUUCCUCUCGUUUUCAUCCACACCACUCUCCUCGAAACUAUCCCUCGCCGCCUUCGUGUUCGACACUCUGACCACUACCAAAACGACUACCACCCAGACUGCCUCUAAAGCUGGCUUGUUUUACGAGCUGCAGUACGAUGCUUCAUCGACCAUACCUACCCUCAUUGGAGGCAAGCUGUUGGACCACCGCCUGGAAAGGAGUCGAAUUUCGCAUGUUCCGACAGGUGAAAGAAGUUUCCAUGUGCUAUACUAUCUCCUUGCCGGAACUAGUGCGGCUGAAAAAUCUCAUCUCGGCCUUGAUGGCCAUGUCAAUGUCACGACCACCGGGACGGGGCUCAGCAGAUCAGCAUCAGUGGCGCAAAAAAGAUGGAGGUAUCUGGGCCAUCCGACACAACUGAAGGUUGGCAUCAACGACGCCGAAGGCUUCCAACACUUCAAAAACGCCUUGCGCAAAUUGGAAUUCCCCAGAACGGAAAUCGCGGAAAUCUGCCAGGUGCUCGCUGCAAUCCUCCAUAUCGGUCAACUCGAGUUUGGUACUGGGCAGGCCACCCUCACUGCGGCGGAAGAGAGUGGAGGAUACUCACACGAGGGUGGUGAAACGGUCACAGUGGUCAAAAACACGGACACCUUGGCGAUAGUGGCGGCUUUCCUGGGGCUAAGCCUUCCGGACCUCGAAGAGAGUUUGAGGUACAAGACGAAAACCAUUCACCGUGAGCGCGUCACAGUCAUGCUGGACCCCAAGGGUGCGCGAGAAAAUGCCGACGAGCUGGCCACGACGCUGUACUCGCUGUUGGUCGCAUAUAUCAUCGAGAGCAUCAAUCAAAGAACCUGUGCCGCCGAGGACUCGGUUGCCAAUACCAUCUCGAUAGUGGACUUUCCCGGCUUCGCUGACCAUUCUUCCACCGGAUCAGUUUUGGACCAACUGUUAAACAAUGCUGCGAAUGAAUCGCUUUUCAACACUUGCCUCCACAGCUUUUUCGAGAACACAGCCGAGAUGCUGGAGAGCGAAGAGGUCAGCGUUCCAGCGACAAGUUAUUUCGACAAUUCAGACGCUGUUCGUGGCCUGCUCAAGCACGGGAACGGCUUGCUGGCAAUUCUUGACGACCAAACACGCCGUGGUCGGACAGAUCUGCAAUUCUUAGAGAGCCUUCGAAAGAGGUUUGAUAACAGGAACAAAGCCAUAACUGUCAGCAGCUCAACUUCAACCAUACCGGGCAGCAACUUCGUUAGUACCAAUCUUGCUGCUUCAUUCACGGUCCGUCAUUACGCCGGCGAAGUGGACUACCCCGUCCACAGUUUGGUCGACGAAAAUGGGGACGUUGUCUCUGGCGAUCUGAUGAACAUGAUCAAAGCCACCAAGAGUGAUUUUGUGGCCAGCUUGUUCGGUCAGGAGGCUUUGAAUACCGUCAGUCACCCCGCCGAGAAGACCGCGAUUGUGCAGGCCCAGGUUAGCUCCAAACCACUCCGCAUGCCGAGUGUAUCAAGGAAGAAGCAUGACCAAUUGCGCCGAAUGGCAAGUCGAAGAGCAGAUCGCUCCCCAGCUCUCCAAGAAGAUGAACCUGUUCCCGGCGCAGAAGAAUCUAGACUCAGGCGAACAAAACCCACAGCAACAGGUUUGACGCAGGGUGCUGCCGCCCAGUUCCUGUCGGCCUUGGAUAAUAUCACGAAAUCGUUGACCGCGCCGAACGUGAACAAUUAUUUUGUCUUCUGUUUGAAACCCAACGACAGACGGAUAGCGAAUCAAUUUGACAGCAAAUGUGUCCGUCAACAAGUCCAGAUGUUCGGGAUUGCUGAAAUCAGUCAGAGGCUACGUACAGCUGAUUUCAGUAUUUUUCUACCAUUCGGGGAGUUUCUCGGAUUGGCGGAUACCGACACUGGAGUUGUGGGGAGCGACCGCGAAAAGUCACAACUUGUGCUCGACAGUAAACACUGGCCGGCAAAUGAGGCCCGGGUCGGCAAUACUGGUGUCUUCCUCAGCGAACGUUGCUGGGCUAGCAUUGCACUUAUCGGCUCACACAGUUCCGCUUACUUCGGAGGGGAAGCUGGCUCGCCUUCCAGACCUCUCACUCCCGGUCAGAAUCCUUUCAGUGAUUCGAAGGCCGGAUUAUUGUCUUCGGCCGACGGGACCCCUGGAUCUUUUUACGGCGAUGAAACCAAAGGAGGCGGUUACUUUGGAAGCCGGGAGCUGGAUGCUAAGUCUGAUGCCGGGGUCUCUGCAUUCCAUUCAGGGGAUAUGUUCCGCAAUCUCGAAACCAAGGAGGAACUGGCCGAGAAAGGCAAUAAGAAGAAGAUGGAAGAAGUCGAUGUUGUGCCGGUCUCCUCCAGCCGAAAGCGAUGGCUUGCCAUUGUCUACUUCCUUACCUGGUACCUGCCAGAUUUUGCGGUCAAGUGGGUUGGUGGCAUGAAACGAAAGGAUGUUCGAACCGCCUGGAGAGAAAAAUUUGCCAUCAACCUUCUGAUCUGGCUAAGUUGCGGCUUCGUGGUUUUCUUCAUCAUCAUCUUCCCUGAAUUGAUCUGUCCGAAGCAGCAUGUGUACUCGGCAGCCGAGCUGUCAUCGCAUGAUGGCAAGGGCAAGCAUAGCGCUUAUGUGGCUAUCCGAGGAGAAGUGUUCGAUCUGGGUGCUUUCAUGCCGAACCACUAUCCCUCAAUCAUCCCCUCAAGCUCGCUUAAGAAAUAUGCUGGUGUUGAUGCCACUGGAUUAUUUCCUAUCCAAGUCUCGGCUCUCUGCCAGGGCAAAGACGGUCGAGUAGACCCGACUGUCCAGCUUGACUACACGGCGACCAACAUCAGCGGCACUGCCAGCGUCAUCAGUUCGGCCGACCCGAACCGGCGGUACCAUGAUUUUCGCUAUUUCACCAACGAUAGUCGACCAGAUUGGUUCUUCGAGCAGAUGAUUAUGCUAAAGGCCAAUUUCCGAAAGGGUAGCGUUGGAUACACUCCUCAGUAUGUCAAGACCCUCGCCAAAAAAUCCAAGUCAAUCGCGAUUCUCAACGACAGGGUGUACGACUUUACCACCUACAAUCAAGGCGGGCGCAGCGUUCGGGCUCCCCCGGGUGAAAAAGUGCCAUCAGGAGUUGACACAGAUUUCAUGGACUCACUGGUGGUCGAUCUCUUCACUCAGCGAGCCGGCCACGACGUCACCAAGUACUGGAACGCACUUCCUAUCGAUUCGACUCUACGAAACCAAAUGCAGACUUGUCUCGACAACUUGUUCUUCGUAGGGGUGACGGACACUCGAAACUCGGCCCAGUGCCUUUUUGCCCGAUACAUCUUGCUCGCCAUAUCGAUCCUACUUUGCAGCGUUAUCGGCUUCAAGUUCUUCGCCGCACUCCAAUUUGGAGGCAAAAAUGUGCCUGAAAAUCUGGACAAGUUCGUCAUCUGCCAGGUCCCGGCCUAUACAGAAGAUGAGGAAUCUCUUCGCCGAGCUAUCGACUCUGCCGCGCGGAUGCGGUAUGACGACAAACGCAAACUACUCAUUGUGGUAUGUGACGGAAUGAUUAUCGGCCAAGGGAACGACCGGCCGACACCUCGCAUUGUCCUGGACAUUUUGGGCGUUUCGGAAACGGUCGACCCUGAGCCACUCAGCUUUGAGUCCCUUGGCGAAGGCAUGAAGCAACACAACAUGGGCAAAGUCUACUCGGGUCUUUACGAGGUACAGGGACACAUCGUGCCUUUCAUGGUGGUUGUUAAGAUCGGAAAGCCCUCGGAAGUAUCCAGGCCUGGAAACAGAGGCAAGCGUGACUCCCAGAUGGUCAUCAUGCGCUUCCUCCAUCGGACUCACUAUAAUCUGCCCAUGAGUCCACUGGAGCUGGAGAUGCACCACCAGAUACGCAACAUCAUCGGUGUGAAUCCGACCUUCUACGAGUUCAUGCUCCAGAUCGACGCCGAUACGGUCGUUGCUCCCGAUUCUGCCACGCGGAUGGUCUCGGCAUUCCUGCGCGACACCCGUCUGAUUGGCGUGUGCGGCGAAACGUCUCUCUCCAACGCCAAGUCAUCCUUUAUCACCAUGAUACAGGUGUACGAGUACUACAUCUCCCACAACCUUACCAAGGCUUUCGAAUCUUUAUUCGGAUCUGUGACGUGUCUGCCUGGCUGUUUCACUAUGUAUCGCAUUCGGGCCGCCGAGACGGGCAAACCCCUGUUUGUCAGCAAGGAAAUCAUUCAAGACUACUCGGAGAUCCGGGUCGACACAUUGCACAUGAAGAACCUGCUCCACCUUGGUGAAGAUAGGUACUUGACCACUUUGUUGAUGAAGCAUCAUUCCAAGUACAAGACAAAGUACAUCUUCCAUGCCCACGCCUGGACUGUUGCCCCCGACAGCUGGAAGGUCUUCAUGUCUCAACGGCGUCGAUGGAUCAACAGUACGGUCCACAACUUGAUCGAACUGAUUCCCUUGCAGCAACUCUGUGGCUUUUGCUGUUUUAGCAUGCGGUUUGUUGUGUUCCUCGACCUCUUAUCCACCGUUGUUGCGCCCGUCACGGUGGCGUACAUUGUAUAUUUGAUCGUUAUACUUGCCACUUCGUCCGAUGUGAUACCAUUGACAGCGUUUAUCCUGCUCGGUGCAAUCUAUGGUCUGCAAGCGAUCAUUUUCAUCCUUCGUCGCAAGUGGGAAAUGAUUGGUUGGAUGAUAGUAUACAUUCUGGCGAUGCCUGUUUUCUCCUUCGGCCUACCGUUGUACGCGUUCUGGCACAUGGACGACUUCAGUUGGGGCAACACUCGUCUGGUCACGGGCGAGCAUGGAAAGCAGAUCUUGCUCUCCGAUGAGGGCAAGUUUGACCCCGAUUCCAUUCCGAAGAAGAAAUGGGAAGAGUACCAGGCGGAACUCUGGGAUGCACAAACGCAACGAGACGAUGCGAAAUCCGAGGUGUCAGGUUACAGUUAUGGUACCAAGUCAUAUCUUCCGACCGGAUCUGUCUACGGCGGGGGAUAUACCGAAAGCCAGCAUCUCAUGCCACCGUCUAGGUCUGUCUCCCAGCUUGGCAUUCACCUGCCGGUCUAUGAUGGUGGACACAGUCAGUCCAGGCUGUCACUGGCGCCGUCAGAGAUGCUAGGCAGUGGCAUGGUGCCAAGUGGGCGAUCGGUGGCAGACAUGGAAAUGUCCGACUUGACCGGUUUGCCCACAGACGACCUGCUCCUGAACGAGAUUCGGGACAUUUUGAGAACGGCCGAUCUGAUGACAGUGACGAAGAAGGGCAUCAAACAGGAACUGGAGCGGCGGUUCAACGUCAAUUUGGAUGCGAAGCGGGCGUAUAUUGGAAGUGCUACUGAAGCGAUUUUGUCUGGUCAGCUGUGA